AUGGUCUACGCCAACACGUUGUUGGACCCGUCGCGGAAGCGGAUGGUUUGGAUAAAGUGGGAAUCUGAGACGACCUUAUUGACGAUUGCCGCUGACUAUUUCCGGGUGCUCCAACUGAGCGUGUUUAAUUGCAAAACAACGAACGGGAGAUUCGCGCAGGCAUCAUUGCAGAUCUGCACGAUCGGUGACGCAGCUUCUCCCGGCAGCGAUUGGCUACAUGACAAAGCAGCGCAGUUAUCGCGACCUGUUAGUAAGUCAUACGUGAAGCGGGCGCAUUACCUCCUAACCACCCCAAUGUCCGAAUUCAACGCCCAAAACCAUCAACAAAUGACCAAAACCUCGGUGAAAAGCCUCCAAAUUUUUACUUGCUCUUCCUCCACUGCACCCCGUUCGCCCCGCGCACCCCCUCUAAUCUCAAAAUUCCGCGGUGAAUCGCCUCCACCUCCCUCUUAUUCAUUGCCCAAGAGCGCUGGCCCUCAGCAGAGGCCCUACAAUGGCUCCGAGUGCCUCUUCUCGGCCACCGAUAGAUCCAACCGGUCGUCCUUCUACAUAAUUCACCCCGAGUGGGCUAGUGAGGUGGCCGACGUGUGCAGGCUAUCUCCACGCACUACUGCCUCUAUCUCGACUACGAGAGAGGACGGCCCCAGACGGAUUGCGCGGGCGAUACAGGAGCCUCCACUGACGCCAAAGGGGGAAGAGGUAAGAGGAAUCCUACCAGUGGACAGGGGAGACGAAAGCUUGUUCUCGGUAGCUCGCAAAGCGGCCGUACAUAAUCCAGUGUGGCCACAUCGCUGCAAGAGUUCUCCACCCCAGCGCUCGCGUGACCCUAUUGCUUGGGUGUAA